GCCCAUCCUGAGUGAGUUCUGCACUGGAGCAGGUCUGAGCUGAAUAUGAGGAGGACUGUGCUGUGGCUUUUGGCCUCUCUGGGCCUGGUCUGUUUCACCGCUGUCACUGAUGCUGCCCAACUAAUGGUAAUGUCUGCCCCAAACCUGCUGCGUGUGGGAACAGUAGAAAACAUAUUUGUAGAGUGUCAGGACUGUGCUGGACAUGCACCCAUGACUGUGACAAUCUCUGUCUGGAACUUUCCAACAAAAAACACACAAUUCAAGUCCACAACUGUGCAACUUGAUGCGGCCAACAAAUACCAAGCUCUUGCAGAACUUGUGAUCCCCCCAAACAAUUUUAACAAGGAUCCUACAGUCAAACAAUUCGUGUACCUACAAGCAGCGUUCCCAGGAUACACUUUGGAGAAGGUGGUCUUAAUCUCGUUUCAAUCGGGAUACUUGUUCAUUCAAACAGACAAGACCCUGUACACCCCUGAAAGUACUGUUAAUUUCAGGAUUUUUGCUCUGACACCGGGCAUGAAACCAAUAACGCAAGAUGAGGCAACAGGUCAGCGUGUCUCUGUUGCUGUGGAGAUUGUGACACCUGAGGACGUUGUCAUCCCACUGGAUCCUGUCUCACUAACUUCUGGGAUGCACACUGGGUCAUACAAUCUUGGUGAACUAAUCAGUGUUGGCCAAUGGAAAAUUGUGGCCCGCUUGCAAAGCAACCCCCAGGAAACUUACUCUGCAGAGUUUGAAGUAAAAAAAUAUGUGCUGCCCAGUUAUGAAGUGAAGCUGACAUCUGAGAGUCCUUUCUACUAUUAUGACACUGAGUCUUUCAGAAUCAACGUUAAAGCCACUUAUUUGUUUGGAAAAGAAGUCGACGGCAUGGCCUAUGUUGUGUUUGGAGUCAUGAAAGAUGGAAAUAGAAAAGUCUUCCCUUCCUCACUGCAAAGAAUACCGAUUUCUGAGGGUAAGGGAGAGGCCACCCUGGAAAAGCAGCACAUCCUCAAUAUUUUCCCAAACAUCGACGAUCUGGUUGGAGGAUCUUUAUUUGUGACAGCCAUGGUGUACACAGAAAGCGGAAGUGAAAUGGUUGAAGGAGAGUUAAGAAACAUGCAAAUUGUUAGAACACCGUACUUCAUCAACUUUGAUAAAACACCUAAAUAUUUCAAGGCCGGGAUGUCAUUUCCUGUCACGGUUACUGUUACUAACCCUGAUAAGAGUCCAGCAGAGGGCGUCCCAGUCGUGGUGGAGCCCGGUACUGUCCACGGCACCACUCGUUCCAAUGGCAGGACCACCCUCAGUGUCAACACCAGGGCAACUGAUACAGUUCUGACCAUCAGUGCAAAGACCAAUGAUAACCGCUUGCCCGCUGAAAGACAGAAAACAGCAUCAAUGGUGGCCAGACGUUAUGAAACAACAAGCAGAAAUUACAUUCACAUAACUGUAUUGUCAACAGAUGUUAGGUUAGGAACUGAUCUUAAUGUCCAUCUAAGCUUAAAUGGUGCAACCCAACAAUUUGAAAUUACAUAUCUGAUCUUGAGUAGGGGCCAGCUGGUCGACUUUGGGAGACAACUUUCAGUUGGUCAAGUGACUCUUGCUGUAAAUAUCCCGGUUACCAAAAAAAUGCUACCAUCAUUUCGCCUCAUUGCGUACUACCAUCCUACUCCCACUGAGGUGGUGUCCGACUCUGUUUGGGUAGAUGUCGAUGACUCUUGUAUGGGCACGCUGAAGCUAGAACCAAAGAGACUGUUCCCGUCGUACGAGCCACGGAGGACAUUUGAGAUGACGGUCACUGGAGACCCGGGCGCCACCGUGGCAAUGGUGGCUGUGGACAAAGGUGUUUACGUCCUGAACAACAAACACAUCCUCACACAGAAAAAGGUGUGGGAGAUUGUGGAGAAGGCAGACACCGGCUGCACUCCAGGUGGAGGAAGAAACAGCAUGGGCGUGUUUUUUGAUGCAGGGCUAAUGUUUCAAACAAGCACAGCAUCUGGGACUGACGCCAGACAAGAGGUGAAAUGCUCUGCUCCUGCGAGGAAAAAGCGAUCGAGCACUUUGGUUGAUGUCAUGACCACUAUGGCUAGUGUAUACAAGGACCCUCUGGAGCGUGACUGCUGUUUGGAUGGCAUGAAGCCCACCCACCUUUCGUACGACUGUGCAACGCGGAAACUCUACAUCACCGAUGGUGCUGCUUGUGAGAAUGCCUUCCUGUACUGCUGUGAGGAGCUAGCCAAGCAACGCAGCGAACUCAAGCAGAACAACCUCAUUCUGGCCCGCAGUGAGAGUGACGACAGUUACAUGGACAGCAAUGAAAUUCUUUCUCGGACAAAAUUUCCAGAAAGUUGGGAGUGGGUUACCUUCAAAAUUCCUCAGUGUGCUGGGAAACAAACUUGUGAAAUUGACAGGCGCAUUCCCUUAAAAGACUCCAUCACAACUUGGGUGUUUACUGGCAUUAGUCUAUCUGAAAAUACUGGUAUCUGUGUUGGAAAGCCUUUGGAUGUUAUUGUAUUUAAACCGUUUUUCUUAGACCUCAAACUUCCUUAUUCUGCCGUGGUUGGAGAACAAAUUGAAAUUAGAACGAUUAUACAUAACUACCUUCAGGAUCCUAUCACUGUGCGUAUUGAACUCAUCGAACACCCAGAUGUUUGUAGUGCAGCAUCAAAGCGGGGCAAAUAUGUGCAGGAGGUUAAAGUGGGAGUCUCUACCACUCGCGCAGUGUUCUUUACUAUUAUUCCCAUGAAAGAAGGUCAAUUAAACAUUGAAGUUAAAGGCGCGGUGAAAGACUCAUGGCACAGUGACGGAGUUGUGAAGCAAUUACUGGUUGUGCCAAAUGGUGUUCUGACUAAAGUACAUAAGAUUGUUGACAUAAACCCACAAGGUCGCACACAAGAAGAAACGAUCAACAAUCCAAUUGAUAAAACUGAAAUGGUUCCACAUACUCCAUCAAGUGCCAAAGUUUUUGUGUCAGGCAGGGAGCAGAUGAAUGCCCUGGUGGACAAUGUCCUUGGUGUAUCAUCCACCAUGGGCAACCUGAUCACUCAGCCCUCUGGCUGUGGGGAGCAGAACUUGAACAGAAUGGCUAAUCCUGUCAUUGCCACAACAUAUUUGGACAAAACCAAUCAAUGGGCAGCAGUGGGUGUGGACAAUCGUAAAAAGGCUCUCGACUAUAUUAAAACUGGCUACCAAAAUGAAAUGGAAUAUGCUAAAAGUGACGGAUCCUUUGCUGUAUAUAGAGGUUAUGAAAGCAGCACAUGGUUGACUGCCUUUGUAGUCAAAGUAUUUUCCAUGGCCUACAAUCUAGUGUAUAUAGACAGCAAUGUAAUCUGUAGAGCAACACAAUGGCUGAUCUUGAACUCGCAGAGGCCUGACGGCAUGUUCACAGAUGUUGGAUUUCUCUUCCACAGACACUUUACAGUAGGCUCUCUGUCAAAAGAUAAUGAUGUCGCCAUGACGGCUUUCUGUCUCAUUGCGCUGCAGGAGUCCAGACCAAUAUGUGGUGGCAGAGUAAAUAGUUUAUCUAACGCUAUAUCCAAGUCUGUGGCAUACUUGGAGCGGCGCCUUCCGCAUCUCAUCAACCCGUAUACAGUCGCCAUUACAUCAUAUGCUCUGGCCAAUGAAAACAGGCUUAAUUAUCAGAUUCUAUACAGAUUUGCUUCUCCAGACAGGACCCACUGGAUCUCACCUCAGGGACACACUUACUCACAGGAGGCAACUGCUUAUGCUCUUUUGGCUCUUGUCAGACGCGGAUAUCUACAGGACGCUCGACCCAUUGUGAGAUGGUUCAAAAAACAGCAGGAGUCAGGUGGUGGAUAUGGAUCAACACAGGCCACGGUGAUGGUGUACCAGGCACUGUCAUCGUACUGGACUGUGGCUCAAGAACCAGACUAUAACCUGGAUGUGGAGCUGAAGGUCUCAGGACGUGCUGCUCCUUACAGUUUCAGAUUCUCCAGAGACAACCAGCACACCACCAGGACAUCUAAGAACUUUGCAGUUGAUGAAAAUGUGAAACUGAUUGCCAAAGGCACAGGAGAAGCAACUCUGAUCCUGCUCACACAGUAUUAUGCUGUUCCCAAAGAAACUGUGAGUGACUGUACAAAGUUCAACCUCACACUGAACUUCGAAAAGGAUGAUGACAGGGACAAAGAUAUUUACAAGCUGACAAUUGAAUUUUUCUUCAAGAAUGAAGAAGAAGAUGCGUCUAUGUCGAUCUUGGAUAUUUCUUUACCCACUGGCUUUAUGCCUGUACAAAGAGAUUUAGAUGCUUUGUCUGAAGGCCGAGCUCGUGUCAUCGCCCAGUGGGAGUUCAACAAGGCUCUGUCAGAGAAGGGCUCCCUCAUUCUCUACAUGAACAAGGUUUCUCACAAUCGAACUGAGAUGCUGCCCAUCAGAAUGGAAAAGACUUUCGAAGUGGGCGUUUUACAGCCUGCCUCUGUGUCUAUAUAUGAAUACUAUGAUGAAACAAAAUGUGUAAAGUAUUAUCAUCCACAACGGAAAGAUGGUCAGAUCUUGAGGCGCUGCAAAGGCGAUGAAUGCCAAUGUGCUGAAGUAAACUGUAGCAUGCAAAAGAAGGGCAAUAUCAACAACAGGGACCGCAUUGGAAAGGCCUGUGAAUCUACUCUGACCAGCAGGAUUGAUUAUGUGUACACUGCCGUUCUGGAAGAAGCACAGUACCAUGUUUCCUUUGACACCUACAUCAUGCGAAUUGAGAGAGUCAUCAAAGAGGGAUCAAAUGACAAGAAUGCUGAAGGUAACCUGCGCAGUUUCCUCAGUUUCCCGCACUGUAGAGAGAGUUUAGAUCUACAGGUAAAUAAAGGAUACCUUAUAAUGGGAACAGACGAGGACACACUGCACAAUGCAAAGAGUCAGACAUUUGAGUAUUUGCUUGGUGAAAGGACGUGGAUUGAGCACUCGCCCAGAGGAGAAGAGUGCCAAAUGGAAGAAUACAGACCCACCUGUUUCGGCAUAGAAUCCCUUAUUGAGAAGUAUGAGUCACAUGGCUGUUUUAAUAAGUAAGAUUAAUGUCUGAUGUGUUUCUGUAAGUCAGUACAAUACAAGGAACAAUAAGCAUAUUAUAUACAAUAAAAUACAUGGUUGCUUGCAUUGUAACACAGUGAUCAAUGUGAAAAUCAAUAUAUUAAAAGAAGUUAAGUUCAGUUAGAAAUUGGUGUACUGUGGCUUUUAUAAACGACUGCAAAUAUAUGUGCUGUUUG